GAGAUAGUUCAGGAUCUUCGUCCGGUGAUACAUCCUAUCCCUCACCAGCUGAUAAAGAAACCAUUGAUUUACUAAAAAAUACAGUUUCUCAACUCACUAAAGAGCUUGCUG